AUGCCCCCGUUUGGUGCUGGUGCUGGUGUUGCGCUGCCCCCGAUCCGCGAGCUCUUCCCGGAGUACCUUCUGCAUCACAAUCCCGCGUUUGCGCCGGCGCUCCCAGUUCCCAUCCAGGCAGGCUCACUUCAAGUUGAGCCUUCGUCGUUCUUUCCAGAGCGGCCCCGGUCUGUCCUCAUGGAACCAGCCCCGCCAUUACCCAUGUCCCCCCGGGCCACGACCGAUACGCCAUCUCCCGUGCACAUCGAUAGCGACGCCCCGCGAAAACACGCCUGCAACCACUGCGGGAAGCGCUUCAACCGCCCGAGCAGUCUCCAGAUCCACAUGAACUCGCAUACCGGGGCCACUCCGUACUCAUGCCCCUACCCGCGCUGCGGCCGCACGUUCAACGUCAACAGCAACAUGCGCCGGCACUACCGCGGCCACACGUACACCGAGUCGCUCGCAUUCACCGUCGUGGCGCGCGCCGUGCUGCCGCUCCGCGUGGGUGAUCCGGACGACACCCUGACCGCUGAUCCGCGAUACGAGCUCCGCCCGCGGCCCCGCGCGCCGCGCAUGCCGGUCCCGGUCCCGCCGCCGCCCUAUUCGUAA